AGAAAACUUAAAAGGACUAACAACUUGCAAACCGGCCACCGUCAUCUGAAGGCAACAGUUUUGUUCGCGCCUUCCUUCACUCACACACGAACACAGCUCUCUGCCACCACCAGCACUCAACAAACCCAUCUCACCACAUGCUUUGUAUAUCAAGGUUAUUAUGAUAAUGGAACAUGUCAAAUUCUCUCCCUCUUAAAAUCAUGUUAUUGCUGAUGACAAGAUUCUUAUCCUGAUUUUUAUUGACGUCAUUCUGGAAUUCACCUUCACAAAUUGCUGAUAGUUCAAGAUGCUUGCAAUACGGAAGGUCAAAACAGGUCCAGAUCUUGCUUUUGUUUUACGUUUCAUGGUUGCUACUUGCAAUUAUGGCAAUGCCCGAGUUUCAAAUAACAGAAGUCUCCAGUCUGUUGUUAAGUCUGUUAGCCCUUCUUUAGCCAACUCGCGUGCACAUGCACUUCUACAAGGACUAUAUUUCUCAAGUAUGGCCGAAAGAAUCCUGGUCCAGGCUCAAGACCCAGCCAAAGUUAGUUUGGAAAUAGAAAAUGCUAUCGAUGAGAAUCAAUUAGAUUAUUCAUGGAAGUUAUUUGAGCAGCAUAUGCACAUGGAUGGAUUUCCCAGAAAAUCUGUCUUCAACAAGCUUGUAACAAGUUAUGUCGAAAGCCUUGAUACGCAAUGGUUGCGAAAAGCUUAUGAGUUGGAAGAACGUGCUAUUGAGGAAGGUAAACACGACUUGUUAGAGAAGGAGGUGCUUAUCUAUCUUAGCCUUGGCCUUGCAAAAGCCGGACUACCUGUUCUAGCAUCAACUAUUUUAAGAAAGAUGAUUGGUAUGGGCCAUUUUCCUCGUGUCACUGCUUGGUCUGCAGUUUUGGCGAACAUGUCACAAACAGCUGAUGGAAGUUACCUUGCUGCUGAGUUGAUCCUUGAAAUAGGUUAUAUGUUCCAAAACAACAGAGUUGAUCCGCGUAAAAAGAGCAAUGCACCUUUGAUAGCUAUGAAGCCAAACACGGCUGCUUUUAACAUUGCGUUGGCAGGUUGUCUCUUAUUUGAUACAUCUAGAAAGGCAGAGCAACUUCUUGAUAUGAUGCCUCGAAUCGGCGUCAAAGCGGAUUCAAACUUACUAGUAACAAUGGCACGCAUAUAUGAGAGAAAUGGGCGAAGAGAAGAGCUUAAGAAGCUGCAAAGGCACAUAGAGGACGCUCCAAAUCUAACUGAUAUACAGUUCCGACAGUUCUACAAUUGUUUGCUCACAUGCCAUUUGAAAUUUGGGGAUCUAGAUUCUGCAUCGAACAUGGUUUUAGAAAUGCUUGGGAAAGCAAAGCAAGCAAGAAAUUCACUUGCCGCUGCCAAAUUUAUUAAUGGUGCAGCAAAACUUGAUCAUAACUAUUUUCCUGGACCAGCUUCUGUGCAUAGUUUGAGCAACAGUGAGGUUAUGGGUAGUUUAGAAAAUAACCAGCCAAUAAGAUCUGCUUUUUCAUCUUAUGAGGAGUUCUUGAAAGAUCGAAACUUCUUACAGCUUGAAGCAGAGUCAAAUGCUGUGCUUGGUUCUUUAUUAGCUAAGCUGCAGAAACAUGUUGAUUUGAUUACAACCAAACAUGGUAUUCUGCAACCCACUGAAACAAUAUAUGUAAAAUUAGUUAAAGCUUUUCUAGAGGCCAACAAGACCAAGGAUUUGGCAGUGUUUCUUCUCAAGGCAGAGAGAGAAGAUUCCCCAUUUUCCAAUGACAAUUCAGCCUUGGUUCAUGUUAUUAAUUCGUGCAUCUCACUUGGAUGGUUGGAUCAAGCACAUGAUCUCCUUGACGAGAUGCGUCUAGCUGGAGUUAGAACUGGCUCAUCUGUAUAUGCUUCUCUCUUGAAAGCAUAUUGUCAAGCAAACAGGGCUGCGGAUGUCGCAUCGCUUUUGAGAGACGCUAGGAAGGCCGGUAUCCAGCUUGACUCAAGCUCUUAUGAGGCAAUGAUCCAAUCCAGGGUGCUCCAGGAAGAUACAAAGGGAGCACUCAAACUAUUUCAAGAGAUGAAAGAGGCAAAGAUUCCGAAAGUUAGUCGACAGAACCCUGGCAUGCUAACUAAAAGUGGUGCUGAAACAGAUGAAGCCACCCUGAUGACAAAGCUAUUGCAUGAAAUCAAGGAAGGACAGAGUGUGGAUUGUGGGGUUCAUGAUUGGAAUAACGUGAUCCACUUUUUUUGUAAGAAGAGACUAAUGCAAGAUGCAGAAAAGGCUCUGAAGAAGAUGAGAAGCUUAGGCCACUCACCCAAUGCACAAACUUUCCAUUCGAUGGUCACUGGGUAUGCUGCCAUUGGAGGCAAAUAUCUGGAGGUAACCGAGCUGUGGGGUGAGAUGAAAUCUCUUGCUUCUUCGUCAUCCUCCAUGAAGUUUGAUCAGGAACUUCUAGAUUCUGUGCUGUAUACAUUUGUGAGGGGUGGAUUCUUCACUCGAGCCAAUGAAGUCGUGUCCAUGAUGGAAAAGGGGAAAAUGUUCAUUGACAAGUACAAGUACAGAAUGCUAUUCUUGAAAUAUCAUAAAACACUUUACAAAGGCAAGGCUCCCAAAUUUCAGACAGAAUCUCAGCUAAACAAAAGGGAAGCAGCCAUUGCUUUUAAAAGGUGGAUAGGCUUGACUUGAGAAAGUGUCAGCCAAGUAUUAGCUCUUUCAACUUUCAACCCCAUCAUUUUCAUGACUUCGUUGAAUUUCUACCUUUUCUCAUUUAGAUUUAGAGCUCUAUUUACACAAAUGGUGUAAUUUGUAUUGAAAAAUACUAAAUCAGUGCAUAUUUCAAAGAAACUCCUAUCACAGUGUAAGUUGUAUUUAGAUUUUAGAGGAUACAACUAACUUUUUUUUUUAUAAAAAUAUGGCUUUUCCAUUAAUUUUAUAACCUUUCAAUUUUGUAG